AUGUGGAGAAUCAUAUUACUCCUGGUAUUCCACUGUGGAAUGAUGGUUAACUCCAUGGAAUUAAAGAGCCUCAAUUCAUGUCAAACUCCUCUGCUAUCAGCAUCGAAAAUUCUCACAAGCAGUACAGAUUUUACAUCGAACACUUGGUGUCCUUCGUUAUCCGAUCAUGACCGAUACUUAAUUUUUUCAUUAUCAAAUCUAACAUACCUUACACGUUUGACUAUCAAAGCCGAGUUAUCGGAUAUGCAUUAUUAUCUCGAAUAUACACGUGAUAAUUCAAUUGAUGAGCAUACGGCAUGGCGUUCAUAUCCUUUAAUGAAUCACAAAGAUGAAAAAAUGCAUCUCAAUCCGCCUAUCAUAGCAAAAUACAUUCGUGUACAAGUUAAACAAACAAAAGUGAAUCUUUGUAUCGAAAUCGAAUUGUUUGGGUGUGUGUUUACUGAUGGUGUGAUUUCGUACAAUAUGUUACAAGGUGCUAGACAGCUGGAAGAUGAUACAUACGAUGGACAAUACGAUGAGAAUCGUCGUUUUCUACAUGAUGGUUUGGGACAAUUAUCCGAUGGUCAGACGGGACCUGACAAUCAUGAAGAUCUUGGUGGACUUCAAUGGGUUGGAUGGCGUCGGCCACGUUCUAGCAAGCAGAAUUAUUCAAUUGGAAUUUUGUUCAAAUUUGAUACACUACGCAAUUUUUCACGUUUAACGAUCCAUGCGAAUAAUUACUUUCCAAAGAAGAUCUAUGUCUUUCGUUCGGUAACCAUCGAAUUUGUUCACGAUGAAAAUUCGACAUUUCUAACCUAUCAUCAUCAACGCGAUGAUCAAUUCGAAAUGGCUCGACCAAUUAUGAUUGAUUUAAAAAAUCAAAUCGCUUCGCAAUUAAAAAUUCACUUCUACUUCGAUAAUAGUUGGAUAUUAAUCAGUGAAAUGACAUUCGAUUCAUUUGUUGUUCCAACCGAAACGCCUAUUAAAACAGAACAAACAUCACAAUCGGCUCUAAUUCUUAUUGGCAUAUUAAUCGUGAUUAUGAUUGUCAUAUUAAUCAUUAUCAUUAGUUUAAUUCGAUCCCUAACCAAGAAUUAUUCGCAUCGAAAGAAAUCUUACCUUUCACCAAUGCACAAUCAAACAGACUCAUCUGCAUCGACGACAUCAAGCGAAAUAGAUGCGACUUCUUCACACCAUCGUUAUGCUACUAUUGGACCAAUGAGUCCGUACUCAUUUCCAACGAAAGGAGGAAGCAUCGUAUCUCCUUCAUACGCAAAAUUGAUUCCAACAACUUUAAUACGAUCACCGUCCUCAACUCAACAGUAUCACAUUGAAGGUGUCUGUGGUAAUAGUACCUAUGGAUCACAACGAGUAUUUACAUUUGAUACAGAUCAGCAUCAAUUUAUACCAAGUCAUCAUAUUACUAUAACACAACGAUUUGAAAAUCGACAUCAAAUCCUUGGAGGAGGAGAGAUUUGUCAUGGAACAUUGCAAGUGAAUCAAUCAUUAUUACCCAUCACCAUUCGUCGUUUACUUUCGAAUGCAUCUGUACAAUCAAAAAUUUCAUUCUACAACGAAAUUAGCCUGCUGACAUCUCUCUGCCAUCCAAAUAUUGUCCAUGCUUACGGCUUUUGCUCUGAACCCACCAUAUCUCUCUUAACUGAAUCAUUUGAUAGUUCAUCAAUGGAUCUCUAUCAAUAUCUCCAACAUCACAAACAUGAACAACCCGAAGAAUCAGCACUAUAUACCACCACCGUUUUCUUUGCUUCACAAGUCUCGUCAGCUUUAGCUUAUUUAGAAUCCUUACGUAUCUGCCAUCGAGAUGUAGCGGCACGAAAUUGUUUGGUGUCAUUAAAUCUUAACAUAAAACUCUACGAUCUCGCCAUGUGUAAUGAAAUGUAUGCUGAUGAUUAUGUUCUGGUAUCAUCCGUUGGCACUGACAGUACAGACACACGAAGACCGAUACGGUGGUGUGCUUGGGAGACAAUCUGUGUGAAUCAAUUUACUUCAAAAUCCGAUGUCUUCUCGUUCGGAGUUCUUCUAUGGGAAAUGUUAACAUUAGUCGAACGACCACAUAGUUUAUUAGAUGAUGAACAAGUUCUUUAUAAUUUGCAGCAUUCAUGCCAUUCUUUAACAAUUCCGUCUUGUGCAAACGAUUUAACAGAUUUAAUUUUAUCAUGUUGGCAGAAAUAUGAUUACGAUCGACCUGCAUUCUAUCAAUUGAAUCAUGCAUUGAAUCAACUACAACAAGCAGUAUCAAUAAAAUCGGAUAACUAUCAACAGAUUGAUUGA